AUGAUGCAACAGCUAGUUGAAAACCUUCGAAAGCAAGCUAUUUCCGAUGACGAACAGAGAACAAGUCAUGUUAGCCUUGCUAAUAGAUCCAUAACAACACAAUUACCUUACGGCUAUCUCAAUGACUCAGGAACCGAAUCAGAUGAAGAGCUAGAAAUGAUCGGAAAUGCCAUACAAUACCAGAAGGAUUAUGAAGAUUUUUUGAGUGGUCAUGGUAGGCCACCUGAGUUAUCGGAUAUACCUCCAACAGCCGAAAUAGAUGAUGUCAGUUGGGAUAGCAUUGGUAAAGAAUCAGGAAUUUUGACUGGGGAUGGUUCUGGCUCUGACUCUGAGGAAGAUCCAACAACUCCUAAACAACGGAGGCGUAUGAUUCUCAAUCCUACAUCGGGGAUAAGCAAGCAACAAUGUGAAUUCCCUCCAAUGUUUAUGGUUGGUGAGAAAAGACGUCAUGCAGACCGUGGUGAAGGAGCCAGUACCCCUCAAGCUCUUCCUGUCAACUCCGUGAAAGAACGCCCACGGAAUAUAGCUGUUCGACGUUGCCCUGUUCGAUUGCUUGUUAAUCGUCCUCCUCGAGAAGUCGAAAGAUCGUUUUGUGCGGAAACUUCCGAUACUCAUUUGGAAAAUCAUGAGCCAGUCAAACGAAGCCGUUUAUGUCGUCCAACCCUUGAUUUCGACAAAAUGUUAAGAAACCGUUUGGACGCUACCGCUGCAGGAUCAGUGAGUCCAUCAUCAGCAUUUACAUCCUAUUCCUCUCAGGAUAACUGA